UAACACCCAUCUCGAACAGUUCGUCGUCUUUGAUCUCUCAUUCAAACAUCGAUAGUCUCAUCUCCCCCUUCAAAGAAAUCAUGUCCCAUCUGUAUGCCAAAGCAGUCAAAUACAAUGGAUCUGCUACAAAUUCUGUUUAUGCCGGUAAAUCCAUUAUAGGGUUUUCGACUUCUGCAAAACCUAAUUUCUCGUUCAUCGGUGCAAUUGGCAGACCUCCUUUUGUUUACGUUGUGAGAGGAGAUAAGUCAAUAGCGGAUGAUUGUGUGGCGAUGAAUGCUACACAAAUGGAAUGUUUAGGAAUUAGGGAAGGAGAUCCGAUCCUCCUUCAUCAAUUUUCUCAGCCUCGGAGAGAUUUUACUCUCGAAAGCUUAGAGUUGGAAGUAUAUCCACCCAUGUCAGAUGCGUUGAAGAAAAAGUUACAUAAAAAACUCAGAAAACAGGUUAUUAUUAAAAUCACAGAAAAUUCUUAUAGAAAUCGAGGGAAAAGAAUACAAGAUUUGGGUCACAGCUUUGAGCAGAGAAAGGGGAAUGGUAUCUCCAAAUACCAAUCUCAAGUUCACAAAAUCGAUGGUUUUUAAUUGGAAUUUAGAUCUCAAAUCAGGUGGUUUAGGUUGUUUAGGUGGGUUGCAGAAACAAUAUGACGAAAUUUAUCGUCGAUUGAUUUUAGAUCUCGAAUCAGCUGGCUUAGGUGGGUUGCAGAAACAAUAUGAUGAAAUCUAUCGUCGACUGAUUUUACAGCGUGCUAUUCCUCCUGAGAUGCUUGAAAAAGGACUGAAAGUAAGAUAUACCAAGGGGUUGCUUUUGUACGGACCCGCUGGAACUGGAAAGACAGCUCUUUCAAAUGUAAUUUCUCUUCAUCUGAGCAAUCAAAGAGCAAAGAUCAUCAGAGGACCGGGAGUUUUAAAUGAAGACGGUGGAGAGUCUCGACGAGUGGUUAUGGAAAUAUUUGAAGACGCUAAAAGAGACUUCAAAAUACAUGGAAAUAACAGUAGGAUACAUGUAAUUAUAUUUGAUGAUCUUGAUUUAAUUGCCAAGCGAAAAGAUGGACGUUGUACAGAGUGGAGAGAUACACUUGUAAAUCAACUAUUCUCGAUGAUCAAUGAUCCUGAUGGCUUGGACAAUAUUCUUGUCAUUGGUACAACAAAUAGGAUAGAUUUAAUUGAUCCUUAUAUUUUAAGAUCUGGUCGUUUUGAAGUCUGUAUUGAGAUGCCCUUAUAUCAAAGAAAGAUUGGAGAUUUUGCAGAUAAAGUUUGGGAAACCACUGGGGCGAUAUCACCCAAAAAUCACCUUAACUAAUUUUAUUUACCUGACAGACAUUCUUUCAUCUUUAUUUACCGUUCUAACACCCUUUGCAGGAAGGCGCGGUCCAUGCACCGUGCCUUACGCAAUGUAGCAUAAGGCCUGGCCAAUGCAUCGCGCCUUGUGAAACGAGAAAAAAAUCGGGUUUUAGUUUUAUAAAUAUUUUUAA